GAGAAGGAAGAGGGGAAAGCAAAAGAAGAGAAAAACUACAAGUGGGAGAAGAAAAACAACCGAAAGGCAUUCAAAGUGACAUAGAUCAGCCCUUAUUUUAAGCUUGAAUGAACAAAAUUUAAUGGUGACAUAAAACAACGACCAGAAUCAUUUGAAGUUUAUUUUACUUAAUUUAUAUUCAUCCCGUGUUUGUUUGUUGAAACUAUGCUGAAAUUUAAGCCUAUUAGAAACAAACUAGCUCGAUGUUUUCUUGCGGAGUUUCUGGGUACUUUCAUACUCUUGUUGGUUGGAAUUGCUGGUGUAGCACAGGUUGUCCUCAGUGAGAAGGCUGAUGGAGAUUUUUUCAGUAUUAAUGCAUGCUGGGGUAUGGCAGUGACACUUGGAGUCUAUGCAUCUGCAGAGGUAUCAGGAGCUCAUCUGAAUCCUGCAGUCACUGUAGCACUUGCUAUCUUCAGAAAGUUCUCUUGGAAUCAUGUUCCAGUGUAUUUUGUAGCUCAGUACCUUGCGAGUUUUGCUGGGGCUGCUGUUGUGUACUUUGUUUACAAAGAUGGCCUUGACAAUUUUGAUGGUGGAAUAAGGCAGGUGACCGGGCAGAAUGCUUCAGCUGGUAUCUUUGCUACAUAUCCUAAAAGCUUUGUCUCUACAGGCAGGUGCUUUGCAGAUCAGAUCGUUGGCACUGGGUUGCUGACUUUAUGCAUCGCUGCAAUAACAGAUGGCAAAAAUAUGAAACCUCAAAAAGGCCUCCUACCAUUUUCUAUAGGAAGUAUUGUGUUUAUGAUUGGUGUAACUUUUGGUUUCAAUUGUGGCUAUGCAAUCAACCCUGCAAGGGACUUGUCACCUCGCCUAUUUACCCUGAUGGCUGGCUGGGGCACUGAAGUUUUUAGUUUCAGAGACUACAACUGGUUUUGGGUUCCAAUUAUAGGGCCCCACAUUGGUGCAAUUUUAGGAAUAUUGCUCUAUGACGUCACUGUUGGUCUUCACUGGGAAAGUUCUGAACCAGAGAUUGAUCACGAAGCUAAAAAUCUUAAGGAUGGUGCAUUUGCUUCUAUGACUUUAGAAAAAGUUGCUGCCACAACAUCAAGCCAGCGUCUUAUGGAAUCGAAUCUUACCGACACAAAUUGAAGAAUAUUGUCUGUAAAUGGUACAAAUGAAUUAUUUAAUUGAAAAUAGCUGCUGUAAUGGAGAGGAUGGUCAGCAGAAAAAACCCUUUUAAAACCAGAAGUGGAGAUUGGAAGUGGUAAUGAACGAAUGGCAUCCCCUACUCACUAAUUAGGGAAAUAGAUGGGAAUGUGGUUUCAUUUUGUUAUCAGCAUACUCAAAUUAUUUUAGAAGUUGCAGUAGAUUAUAAUCUCAUUAAUAUAUACGUGGCAUCAACAAGGAAGAGUUGGUGUGCCGAAAGCUGGGAUGAUUAUUGCUUAGGAUAGAGAAAUAUGAGUAAUAAAAUUCCUAUUUCCACUCUCAUGUUUUUUUUAUUCUUUCUACUGGCUUCGCUUUCUGUUGCAUUCUCCAUUGUAGCAGACUAUUUCCAACUAAACAUCCAUUCAUACUCAGUGAAAAAAUAUGCCAGAAGGCUACAAACAUUUGUAAUGUUACAUCAGAUGCACUCAGUCUGUAUGUUGUUCUUGAUUGACCUCCUCCGUCCCCUUUUAUUUACAGAUUUCAUUAUCACAUUAUAAGCACCAUCUGUUGCUUUCAAAAUGGACUUGUAUAGCACCUGUUAUCAGAAUUUUUUGUCUAAUCUCGAUGUGUGAUUAACGGUAUUUGAUGCCUUGAUUAAUAAAUGUUAUUGGUCAAUUAGUGAGUCAUUUGUAUUUUCUGUACAAGUUAUAUUUAUGCAAAACUAAUCAACUGUGUUUCAUCAUGAUCCCUUGA